AUGGGUGGCAGCACAUCAAUUGUCAGGGAUUAUGAAGAGGAGAAAAAAAUACAAGAGAGGUAUGAGAAAACCAUCAACGACCAAAACGCGCGCCUUGAAAGAGAAAAGGCCGAUUGGGAGCGUCACACAAAAGAGAUGAAAGACAACUAUGAUCGGAUUAUCCGCGAACGGGACGAGCGCCGCGACCAGGAAAAGGAGCAUGAAGCAAAAAUGAAAGAGAUCGAGGAGAGAACUAAAAGGGAGCGGAUGGCGAGAGAGAAGUUAGAGGAGGAGAUGAAAGUGAUAAGAGAUGAGAGAAUUGCGAGGUACAAGCAAGAAGUAGAUGAGAAUGAAAGGAGGAAAAAAGAGGUGGAGGCGCUACUCAAAGAGCAAGAAAAAGAAAGGGUUAAAAUGGAGAAGGAAAAAAAGGAUAAUAUGGAGGCGAUAGAAAAAGAGAUAAAAGCCACAAAGGAGCUGCGAGAAGGGCUCCAGAGACAGAUGAAAAAAGCUCUAGAGGAGGAGGAAGAAAGGAAGAAGAGGGAGGCAGAAAGGGAAGCCCGGCAAGAAGAGUUGAAUAAACAACGAGACGAGGAAAUAAGGGUUGCAAGGGAGGAAGCGGAGAAGGAAGCGGAAGCCCGUAAAAAGGCCGAGGAUGAUCUCAAAAAGGGAAUUCGGCCAGAAAUGAUUCCUACAGAGAAGGAUGUUCAAAAAGUAAAGGCCAAACUUCAAUACACCGAUGACCACUUUCACUUCGCUGUUUGUGGCCAGGCCGGAAGCGGAAAAUCGUCUUUGAUCAACGCGCUCCGUGGUAUGAAAAAUACCGAUCCAAUGUCGGCGAAAACGGGGGCUGUCGAGACCACUCAAUUGAUAGGCAGAUACCCUGACAUGGACAAACGACCCCCUCGAGCAUGGAUUGUCUGGUAUGAUAUUCCAGGUGCCGGUACCACGAAUAUUUCCGACUGGCAGUACUUCAACGAUCAAGGUCUUUUUAUCUUUGAUCUCAUAAUACUUGCAGUUGGAGACCGCCUUUCCACAAUAGAUAUUUGGAUCAUAAAGAACUGCCGGCGGUUCAACGUUCCCUGUUUUAUCGUUCGCUCAAAGUCUGAUCAGCACAUCAGAAACGUCGCCAAGAAUGAGUUAGAUUAUGACAGUGAAGAAGAAGAUCAGGAUCAUAAAGCCAUCAAAGAGCAGGCCCGAAGGACAUUUAUCGAACAAACCCGACAAAGUUUUGCAUCGAUACUCGCAAAAGAAAAUUUGCCCUCACAAAGGACGUACAUCAUCUCUGCUUCGACCAUGUUUAGUUACAUCAACGGAAAGCAAAAAAGUAUGAUAGAUGAAGGGGAUCUUAUCGUAGAUUUGUUGCAGGCAGCUUAUUCAAGGGUUGAGAUAAAGUGA